AUGAGGCCCCUUACUUCUGUUCUACACAUCUCGACGCUUCUGACGACACAGUUGGUGUCUGCUCAAUAUGAUCCAUCGCAAACUCUUCGCUUCGGCACGCCUGCUGAUGGUCAGUCGGUGCUCGUCGUGGGCAACGGGCGUUUAGGAGGCAACGUUUUUGGCGAUAUUAAUGAGCAACUCUGGCUGAACGAGGACACCAUCUGGUCAGGUCUGUACCAGAGACGCGUCAAUCCAAAUGCAAAGGAAGCAUGGCCACGAGUCCGCGACGACUUGGUUCAGAACAAGUUUGCCUCCGCCGGCAAUGAUGCGCUAGCCAACAUGACCCCAGACCCAGACCUUGUCAGACAUUACCAGCCAGCCGGACAUCUGAACAUCUUCACAAAUGGGGAUGGUUCGCAGAUGCAGGACUAUAACCGUAUCCUCGACAUCUCCACUGGAAGGGUCAACAUCAACUACACGUAUCAAGGAAUUGACUUCACUCGCGAGGUCUUUGCGAGCUACCCGGACCAGGUCAUCGGUGUUCGCUGGCGCGCAAGUGCCCCAUUCAGCGCCACUAUCUAUUACGAGCGCGAUCAGAACAUCCACCAGAAACUAGCCACGACAGACAACAAUGAAUACAAGUUCUAUCUCCAAGGAGGCAGCGAUCCGAGUCCUGGCCAGCUGGACUUCAACAUCGAAGGUCGCUUGGUACCGGUGGACGGCUCCGUUUCAAUCGUCAACGGAAACGCAUUCCAGCUGGACAACACUCGCGGCUUUGACAUCUUUACUGACAUUCAGACGACCUAUCGAUAUCCCGACAGCAAUGAGAGAGCCGAGAAGGCUGCUAGUAACGUGGCUGCUGCAGUCGCCAAAGGCUAUGAUUCUGUACGGAGUGCAGCCAUCUCGGAUUACCAGAACCUGUACCAGAGAGUAUCGGUCGAUUUUGGAACUACUUCCUCAAAUCUGGGGCAGCAGACGACCGACGGGCGCCUGCAGGCCUACCGUAACGAUCCCAAUAGUGACCCGCAGUUGACCGCUCUUGGGUUCAACAUGGGCCGUUACCUUUUCAUCGGCAGCUCACGAAAGGGCUACAAGCCGCUUCCACCGAAUCUUCAGGGUCUCUGGAACACCAACUAUGAUCCACCAUUUGGCAGUCGAUUCACAGUGAAUAUCAAUACGCAGAUGCUGGACUGGCCAGCGGGACCUACCAAUCUUGCCGACGAAAUGCUUGAGCCAUUUUUCGGCCUUCUCGAUGUGUCGCGCACAGGCGGUCGCGAGCAAGCUUCAGAUAUGUACGGGUUGACUGGCUUUGUCAUGCAUCACAAUGCUGACGCUUGGGGUGACGUUGCGCCCAAUGACAAUGGCACCGAAUAUACUCACUGGCCCAUGGGUGCAGCCUGGCUCGGAACACAUCUGCUAGAGUACUAUCGUUUCACUGGUGACAGUACAUUCCUGGAACAGACGACUCUGCCAUGGCUAGUAGAAGCUGCAGAGUUCUUUUACGCAUGGUUGUUUGAUUAUGAAGGAUACUUGACCACUGCAACCAGCCUCAGUCCGGAACAUGGCUUUUACAUCCCGAACGGCGCAGAGGGGGCAGGCCAAGAAACUGGCAUCGACAUUGGCACUUCUAUGGACCGACAGUUGCUAGCUCAGUUCUUCAGCGACAUAAUUGAGGGCUAUACUGCCAUCGGCCAAUCAGGCGACGACCAGGUCACCAAAGCGAAAGAUGCACUGGCGAAGAUCAAGCCACCAGAGAUCGGUUCUUAUGGUCAGAUCCUCGAGUGGCGUAAUGAAUACAAUGAAGCAGAGCCUGGACAUCGCCAUCUAUCUCCCUUGUUCGGUCUGUUCCCAGGCUCUGCAAUGACCCCAUUAGUAAACAACACGCUUGCACAGGCUUCCCAAGUUCUCCUCAAGCAUCGCCUCGAUGCAGGCUCUGGUUCCACUGGAUGGUCGCGGUCGUGGUUCAUCAAUUGCUUCGCCAGACUGUAUCAAGGCAAUGACGCCUGGACCAACGCUCAGCGUACUAUUCAGUCCUUCUUCGGCGUCAACAUGUUGGACACUCUUGAAGGUCCGUACUCACCCUUCCAGCAAGAUGGCAAUCACGGAUUUGUAAGCGGCAUUACGGAAAUGCUGCUCCAAAGUCACGCCAGCGUUAUCCACAUUUUACCCGCGCAAACCUCCAAUGCUCGAACCGGGUCCGUUAAGGGUCUGAUAGGACGUGGCGGAUUCAAAGUCGAUAUCAGCUGGAAUUCCGGAGGCGGUUUGAGUCAGGCAACGGUCAUCUCGCAACGAGGCAGUGAGUUGGCACUGCGCCUCAACAAUGGCCAAAACUUUCAAGUCAAUGGUCAGUCAUACUCUGGGCCGAUCGGCACCGAAGCUGGACAGUCAUACGUUAUCACUCCGGCUUAG